AUGAGAACUGUUCUCAUUCUGUCAGUUAUAAUUGGCCUGGCUUUGUCCAAGACUUUAGCCGAUUAUCCACGUAACCCCCUCGACAUCGCCCAAUAUCAAAGUUCGGACUUCCAAACUGCAAGCAUCACGGAUGAAAGACUUUGCACUCCGUGCAAGCAGCUUUUCACAAGUGUCAAGGAUAAGUUAGAGGAACUGGGCAAAUAUGACCGUGAGACAUUGAAGCCAUUAGUGAAGGUAAAGCAUGAUUUAAGAAAAUAAGUACAUUACAGGAAUAUUGCCACACCUACUACGGAAAGAUUGAGAAACUAGAGCAACUCUGCCAUACCCUUUCCGAACGAGCCCUCGACAAGCUGGCCGACUGGAUCGAUGAAGAAAAUGGCAAAAUCGACCCGGAAAGAGCCUGUGUUGCCGCCCACCUUUGCUAA